AUGAAUUCACUUUUAUUCUUCGCUCUACUAGCAACUGCCUCAGCACAACCGUGUCCUUCAUGUGGAAUUUUCCAAAAGAUUUUUGCUGCGCCACCACCUCCUCCUGUUGUAUUCCAUCAUAAUCCCCCAUGUUUCUCUCCACCAUGCGCUCCCGUUGCUAUCAGACAUCCAUCGUUUUUCAUCCCACCACCAGCACCAUGUGUAGGAGUUGCAUGUGCUCCACCACCUCAAGUGAUUUUCCAUCCACCACCACCACCACCAUGUGUAGGAGUUGCAUGCGCUCCACCACCUAAAGUGAUUUUCCAUCCACCACCACCACCACCAUGUGUCGGAGUAGCUUGUGCUCCACCCCCACCAUGCGUUGGAGUUGCUUGCGCUCCACCUCCACCUAAGAUUAUUUUCCAAGCUCCACCACCACCACCAUGUGUCGGAGUAGCCUGUGCUCCACCACCACCAUGUGUCGGAGUAGCCUGCGCACCACCACCACCAUGCGUCGGAGUUGCUUGCGCUCCCCCACCACCUCAAGUUGUUUUCAGAGCUCCACCCCCACCAUGUUUCGGAAAUGCCUGCGCCCCCGCUCCUCAGGUUGUUUUCCAGGCCCCUCCCGCUCAAAUCGCUUUUGGACAGCUCCCAUGUUGCUCCGUUCAAGACUUCUCGUGUUGUCAUCGAAUUUUCCGCCGUUACCGUAAACACGCUGAAGUAGAAGAGAAAGAAAACUCAUCGACCACAUCUUCUCCCAGCACCGAAUAG